AUGAAAACAUUAAUAAAUCUCAUAUUAUUAAAUAUCAUUCCUUUGAUUUAUUGCGGAGGAUAUCGUGAAGUUAAAACAAAAUACGGAAAAAUAAUAGGCCGUGUAAAUGUUAUAAACAAGAAACAUAUCACACAUUUCUUAGGUAUACCAUAUGCUAAACCACCAUUAAAAAAUUUAAGAUUCAAACCUCCACAACCAUUAAAAGUACCAGCAUGGAAAACAACAUUUAAUGCUAGUAUAAAAGCACGAUCAUGUAUGCAAUAUGUUCAAAAAACAGGAUUAAUUGGUUAUGAUAUUACAAUCCCUACAAAUAAGAUAUCUGAAGACUGUCUACAAUUAAAUAUUUUUGCACCUCAUAAAACAAAUAUGCCUGUAAUUGUUUUUUUCCAUGGUGGUGCAUAUAACUUUGGUUCAGGAUCACUUUUAAUUCACAAAGGAGAAUUUCUUUCAAGAAAGACAAAUCAAAUUGUUGUAACUGUAAAUUAUAGACUUGGAAUUUUUGGAUUUGCAUAUUUAGAAUCUGGAAGAGCUAUUCCAGGAAAUAUAGGACUUCUUGAUCAACAAAUGGCUUUAAAAUGGGUAUAUGAAAAUAUUGCAAAAUUUGGUGGAAAUCCAAAAAAAAUUACAAUUUGGGGACAAAGUUCAGGUUCUGCAUCUGCUACAGCACAUCUUUUUGCUCCUAAUAGUACUAAAUAUUUUUCUAAAGUAAUUGCUAAUUCAGGUACUAUAUUAAACUCUUGGGCAACAAUUAGUGAUUCUUUUGCUGAAAAUAAUACAAUUGCUGUGGUUAAACUUUUAAAAUGUAAAACAAAAGAUUAUAAAAAAAUGGUUCAAUGUUUACAAAAAGCACCAGCAGAAAAAAUACUUCAAUAUUCAUUACAAGUUAAACAAGAUAACCAAGAACCAGUAUUUUAUUCUUUUGCACCAGUAAAAGUAGAUAACCUAUUUUUCAGAGGAAAUGUUUUACAUAAAUUUGCACGAUAUGAUAUGAAUAAAGAUGUUGAUUUAUGGAUUGGUAAAACAGCUAAUGAAGCAUCAUAUUUUAUGCCAUCAAUUCUACGUCCAACCUUCUCUAAUUGUACUUUAAAUCCAGCAAAUAUGUAUGAUUCACUAGAUAAAGCUUGUCAAAUAACAGAUUUAGAAUUUAAAGGCUUUUUCUAUAAAUCAAUGAGUUUAUAUGUUAAAAAUCAGACCCAACUUAAACCACUUUUAGAUCAAUACUAUAAACUUAAUUUAAAAACUCCAAGAGCUAUGUUAGAAAGAUUUUUGUCUGAUAUUCUUUUUGAUUGUGAUAUUAUACGUUUUACUCAUACUUAUGCUCUGCUAACAAAAAAAAAUGUUUUCUUUUAUCAUUUUGAGAAACGUUCUAAACUUAAAGCUUUCCCAAGUUGGAUGGGAGUUUAUCAUGGAACAGAAUUAGAAUAUGAAUUUGUUUGGCCUUUAAUACAAAGAAGUAGAUAUCCAAAAUCAUUUUAUAGUGAACACAAAUAUGCUCAUUUAACAGCUAAAAUGUUUGGAAGAUUUAAUCAUCAUGGUAGACCAGCACCAUUAUUUAGAAAAUACAAACCACAAUAUCCUGUUGGAAGCAUUUAUGAUGAUGUGUUAACUUAUAAUGGACCAAAACGUUUCAAAAAAGUCAAAACAGCAACAUGUAGUCAGAUUGGAGAAUUAAUUGAUUUAUUUAUCUUAAAUCAUAGCACAGUAGAAGAUAAAAAAAAAUGA